CGUUGUUAUUUCUGGCAAAAAUUGAGAAGGCUGUGUUGCUGAAAAUGUCGAGUCAAAAGUUAUGACUUUGCUGUUUAACGAAUACGAAACAUAACGCAGCGACAUGGCCGGAUCCAUAGUGGCAGCGGGACUAGCGUUGGCAGCAGCUGGAUUUGCAGGUCGUUAUGUCAUGCAGGCCAUGAAGCAGAUGGAGCCUCAGAUGAAACAGGCCCUUCAGAGCUUCCCCAAGACGACUUUUGGAGGAGGGUAUUAUAAAGGUGGAUUUGAACCAAAGAUGACCAAGAGAGAAGCUGCUUUGGUUUUAGGUGUCAGUCCCACAGCCAACAAGAAUAAGAUCAGAGAAGCGCACAGAAAACUGAUGAUCCUUAACCAUCCAGACAGAGGUGGAUCUCCGUAUCUCGCAGCCAAGAUAAAUGAAGCAAAGGAUCUGAUGGACAGCCAAUCAAAGAAAUAGAGGUGCUGAUGAUUUACACUGCUGACCU